AUGAAACGCCCCGACCCCAUGAUCGAGCUCAUCACCAAACCGUCCGGCGGCUCCUCCUCGUACCCACGCUCUGCAUCCCCGUCCAGGUCCGAGCCGUUCACAUCCUCCUCCAUCUCCGUCUCCAUCUCCGACGCCACCAGCACCAACGCCUCGAGUCGUGCGCACGAGCAUGAGCACGUCGAGGACAUCAACGCACCGUACGGCCUGCGCGAGCUCGAGCAGGGCUGGCGUGCGCUGCAGCCGUUUCUCUUGCGUCGCGGGUAUUCCCUUCGUAGACGAUAUUGGCCUGGAUGGGUUGGGUCGUGGGUCGGCACACCCCUAGAUCCACUGGAAUGCGAGGAUAGCAUCGUCGUCGAAGCAAACGUUCUCGACGCCGUGCGAGUAUCCGAUGGCGCGCAGGUCGUCCUCAAAAUUCACUCUCCAGUCGACCCACUACCAAAACAGCAAGAAAUCUCGACAUUGCGCUACUUCUCCUCUACGUCCCUCGCGGACGACCCACAUAACCACGUUCUUCCAUUGCUCGACGUUCUAGAGGUGCCGGGGACGGGCAGCUUCGAUUGGACAGACGUGCCGGAGGGUGCUAGCGCGGGCGCGAGUGGGAUCCGCAUUGCGGUGAUGCCGCUCUUGCGGGACUGGUAUUCGCCGCCAUUUUGCAUGGCCGUGGAGGCGCUCGUGUUUAUAAAGCAGAUGCUCGAGGGUCUCGCAUUCCUGCACGCGCAUGGCGUCGCGCACCGUAACAUAUGCGCGUCGACGAUACUCAUGGAUGCACGCGACCUCUUUCCUUCGGGGUUCCAUGGCGCAUACAACAUGAACCCUAACCACCGUGUAUCCGAGGCGCAGCUCCCGCGCCGUACGCGCCUCGCGGUGCCGCACCCUGUGAAAUACUAUUACACGGGGUUCGGGGCCAGCGCGCGCGUGGACCAAGCACCAGACCUAGAUACGGUCGCGCGACCAUCUGGUGCAGCGGAGGACGCGUUCGCAGCGGACGUAUACGCGCUCGGCAAGCUCCUCGCCCACUUCUUCCGUGAUGGCCACACGAACCUAACCCUCCUCGAUCCCCUCUUCGCGUCCAUGCUCGCGCCUCCCGCACAGCGCCCCACCGCCGCCGCCUGCCUCGCGCAAUUCCACACGCUCACGCGCCGCGGUGGCGGGCUGUCGAGGUGGCGGCGUAUGACACGGCUGGGGUAUCGGUGGGGGUUGAAGGGUGUCGGUUGGAAGAUGAGGGCGGAAGGGUUGGCGAGGUGGCUAGGAUUGGUCGUCGAGGGCGCGACGGGCGGGUGGAGGGGUGGAGUCGGUCUGGAGUUCUGA